CUUAAAGCUAUCAUCAAGUUCUACACUUGAUAAUGAUAUCGAUAACUCUUCUGAAUUAGAAAUAUGUGAUCUUACUAUAGCAAGUAGAGCAUCCGAAUCUGAAGAAAAACUUGAUUGGAAUCCUAAUGAAAAAGAGUAUCAUGAAGAGGAAUAUGAACCUAAUGAUGAUGAGUCUUUAUCUGGUAAAGAAUUCUAUAAUGCAACAAUCUGA